UUUUUGAUGGAAUAAAUACUAGCGUUAGGCCAUUAAGGAUUUUAGUUGGACUAUGAGUGCUUUGUAGAUAUAUAUUCUGUGUUUCGAAUCAGUUAAAGCUUAGUGGGAGCCAUGGCGAAGCUGUGUCUUAUGACCAUAUUGGUCAUAUUAUUAGUGCAACUCUUCUCAUUUAACCGCGCGUAUCUUUCGCCAGAUGACGCUGCUAUAGCUCAUACAUACACGCCAGCAUGGAGGUACAGAUGUGUACCAGAUGAGGGUUGUGAGAGGACGACGCACCCUCAACCAGGUUUUGAGACCAGCACCAGGAACCACAGCGCCAUGGUGUUUCCCAGUAUGGAUGCUUGCCGGACCGUCUGUGGCAGGUUUGGCGGGCUCUGGCCUCGCCCCGUGACCGCCGCCAUUGGCAUUCAAACUGUCAAAAUUCAUCCGAAUUAUUUAAGAUUCGAUCUGCAAAAUGUUCCCGCGCCAGUUCUCUCGCUCAUGGUGGAUAUGACCAAGUUGGUUGGUCCCAACAUGCUGGCGGAGUGCGAUGGCACUGUCACUGAAAUGGUUGAAACGCCUGUGGUCGUCUACUUGACCGUCAGGAGCGCUAACAAGUCUCUAACCCUGGACACCAACGAGGAAUACAUGCUAGAUGUCCAGAAUAAUAAUAAAGAGGGGCAGAUAUCAGUUCGCAUAACUGCCGAAACAGUGUACGGAGCCCGCCAUGCAUUGGAGACGUUUACACAGUUGGUGGCGUCCAGUAAACCUGACUUCUCCGACGACCAGACAUGCAGCCUCCUACUCGUCUCCGGCGCAAAAGUUCGCGAUCGUCCCGCAUAUCGUUACAGAGGACUUUUGAUUGACAGUAGUAGACAUUUUAUACCUAUGGAAAAUUUGAAGAAGACCAUUGAUGGAAUGGCCGCUAAUAAAAUGAACGUGUUCCACUGGCACGUUACUGACUCCCACAGUUUUCCUCUUGAGUCCACCAGAGUGCCACAGUUUACCAGAUAUGGAGCUUACUCAGCGGAGGAAAUUUAUUCGGCCGAGGAGGUUCGGGAGCUCAUCCAGUAUGCUCAAGUGCGCGGUGUUCGCGUCGUCAUCGAAAUCGACUCGCCUGCACACGCUGGAAACGGCUGGCAGUGGGGACCUGAGUAUGGUUUGGGUCAUCUCGCAGUUUGCGUAAACCAAUGGCCAUGGCGGGGGAUUUGCGUGGAGCCUCCUUGUGGACAGUUGAAUCCUGCCAACCCUCAAGUGUACCGCGUGCUGGCAGACCUGUACCGGGACAUUGCUGAUGCUUUACCAGCCCCUGCAUUACUACACGUAGGGGGAGAUGAGGUUUACAUUCAAUGCUGGAAUCAGACGGAAGAGAUCAUCGAUUAUAUGAAAAUGAAGAACUAUGAUCCAACAACGAAUGGUUUCCUGAAGCUAUGGUCGGAGUUCCAUGAGAAGGCCUUGGCUGCUUGGGACGAGGUCAUGCAGGCAGUGCAAACACCGAAGCAACCCGUCAUGAUCUGGUCUUCAGACCUCACACAGCCACAAUGGAUCAACACCCAUCUGAGCAAAGAAAGGUACAUCAUUGAAGUGUGGGAGCCAGUAAACAGUCAAUUGCUUCACAAACUGCUGGGGAUGGGAUACAAAACUGUGUCAGUGCCUAAAGACAUUUGGUACUUAGACCAUGGUUUCUGGGGCAUUACCAAGUAUAGCAAUUGGAGGAAGAUGUAUGCCCAUGUCUUGCCCAGGGAUGACAACAUGCUGGGAGGAGAGGUCGCUAUGUGGACCGAAUAUUUGGAUGAACAGGCCCUAGACACGCGCAUAUGGCCUCGCGCGGCGGCGGUAGCGGAGCGCCUUUGGUCGGAUCCCACGUCCGACGUGCUCGCAGCGGAAAUGCGAAUGCAGAGACAACGGGCGCGGCUCAUCAAGCGCGGCCUGCGAGCUGACGCCAUUUCACCUGCCUGGUGCUCUCAACAUGACUCCAGGUGCUUCUGAUCUCCUGCUUCUGACCCACACCCUUACCUCAGACACCAGUGAACCUAGCCUGGCAUUUUUCGGCGCUAACGUUAGCCACACGUUGUACAGGCCAGGCACGGAACGGCAACAGCGCG